AUGCCUUCACCUAUUAAAAAAAAUCGAAAAGGACAGUUUGUUGGAAGAGGGCAAAAACAGAAUAUUUUUAAUUUAUACAAAUCAAAAAAACAUCAACAACCAGACAUAAAGUACAAAGAAAUGAUAGAAUCAAUUUCAAAAGAAAUUGGGAUUGGAAAGCGUACAGUAAUAACCACAAUAAGUGAGUACAAAAAUACAGGACAGUUGAAGUCGCCAUGUAAAACCAAAAUCCGCCCAAUAAUCAAUGAUAAAAUUGACGAUUUUGAUAAAAACGCAAUUCGUCAAAAAAUUAAUGGGUUUUGGUUUAGAGGUGAAAUCCCAACUUUAUUGAAGAUUGUCACUGCUAUUGAUGAAGAUCCAGGUAUUCCGAGUUUACCUAGAACCUAUUUACAGCGAAUAUUGAAAGAAUUAAAUUUUGAAUAUACGAAAAGGAAUCGGAAUAGUGCACUUACGGAAAGAGGAGAUCUCGUUGUUUGGCGACAGAAAUAUAUUGAGGACAUAAGACGAUAUCGAAGGGAUGCAUUCCUCGAAGGACUGUCUACAGGCCCCAAAAAUCCAUCAGGUAAAGGCAAACGUCUAAUAGUUGUCCAUAUCGGUUCAUCAGAUGGUUUCGUCGAGGGUGGUUUAUUGUGUUUUGAGUCGAAAAAAAACACAGCAGACUACCACGACGAAAUGAAUGGCGACACGUUUUACGAAUGGUUUUGUGGAGUUCUGCCACGAUUAAAGGAAAAUUCAAUAAUAGUCAUGGACAAUGCAUCGUACCAUUCUGUCAAAAAAGAUCCGGUCCCCACAACGGCUUGGAAAAAAGACGACAUAAUAAAUUGGUUGAAGUCUAAAGAUAUUGUUUUCGAUAAACCGAUGGUGAAAUUUCGAUUGCUUGAUAAGGUAAACGAAAUUAAACCUCUUCACAAUAAAUACGUGAUUGACGAAGAAGCUUUGAAAACCAAUAGACAUAUAUUACGUUUGCCACCUUACCAUUGUGAACUUAAUCCAAUAGAACUUGCGUGGUCUGUAGUGAAGAAUCAUGUAAAGCAAAAUAAUACAACAUUUAAGCUAAAUGAUGUUAAACAAUUGCUGAUCGAAGGUGUCCAGAAAGUGACUUCUGACAUGUGGGCCAAUUUCGUUAGUCAUACUAUCAAAGAAGAAGACAAAUUGUAUGAAAUCGACUUCAUUACUGAAAAUAUGUUGGAUAAUGAAGAAUCACAUAUAAUGACUAUAACUGGUGACACUUCUUCUGAUUUUUCUGACGAAUAA